AAAGCCAGCGCCAGCUCUGUUCCGACCAACAGUUGGCAUCUAACACUUGGGUUGAGAUCAUCUAAUAUGCAUAUCAAGCUAUUGCUAAUCAGCCAGCUAUUGGCGCUCAGCUGCACGCAGAGUUGGGCCAAUGACGCUGCGGUCCACAGUGAUGAGGAAACCCUUGACGAUGUGCACUUGCCACACUCGACAACAACGACUCUGCCUGAGCUGGAGCUUGAUGAGAAAGCAACUGCACGUCCCGAUGAUGGAAUCAAGAAAUUGGAUGAAAGCUUAGCGAUUAUUAACAAAGGAACUGCUCUACCGGAGACUACAAUUCAACCCAUUGAGAGCACAUCUCCCACAACGACAACAACAACAACAACAACCACUGAGCCUCAAAAGAAAGCAGGCUUGCCUCCUAUGCAUCCACUGGCUUAUCCACAUCCAUAUGCACAUCCAUAUCCCUAUCCCUAUCCUUAUCCAUAUCCUCAUCCUGAGCCCAAGGCCACUUCGGAGAGCACAACUAUGCCUGAGCCCGGCGUACCUAGCUAUAAGGGCUAUCCUUAUCCCAGCUACCCGAUACUGCGGUCACCCUACUCUCCAUAUGGUGCUCCGGUUUUCCAUCAACCUGGACGUGUACCUCAGUAUCCAGGCUUUGCACGUGGUAUAGUCUACGGCAACAGCGACAGCGACAGCGCUGAGAAACCUAAGUCCACCGAGUCGGAUGAGUCCCCCAAGAGCAUGGAACAGUCAACGGAGCAGGGCCCCAAGCUGCCUGCAGAGCAUCCCAGCUAUGGUUACCCGCCGGUCUAUGUGAUCCAACGUCGUCCACUGGUGCCCAGUUACCCCUAUGCAAGCCCGGCACGCGGCUACGGCUCUCCCUACGGCUACGGCGGCUAGUCAAACUAAUAAAUAAGAAUUCUUAAUACUAGCUUGAUUAUAAGCAAUCGUGUACAAUAAAUUAAAAAUAAUGUAAAAAGUCUA